AGGGCCAAGAUGGCGGCGGCAGCGGCUUCGUUCGGCAGGGCGGUGCUGGGCCCGCGGGGCUCGGGGCCCCCGGGCGCGUGUGCCCGGGGUCUGCUGUGCGGCGCGCGGCCCGGGCAGCUCCCGCUGCGGACUCCUCAGGACGCCUUGUCCACUGCGUGGGAGACGGUGGGGUGGUUUUGCUGCUGUGUCGGGGCUGCGGGCUUUUCCCGGAGAACGCGCCCAGGACGGCUUUGGCCGCCGGUUGUCCAGACUGGCCCGCGUCCUGAAGUGACCCCAACCUGACCUCAGCCAGCUGCUGUGACCUUGACCUCCCGCACCUUUUGGCCAAUUCGGCCUGACCCCGACGUAGAAUCCAAGAACACUCCUCACUCCCUUCUCAGAGCCGAAUCACGGUCUAGGGGUCUACAGCGAGAGGGCUGGGGUGGAUAGUAGGGCAGCUGUGCUUUGGGCAUUCUGCAGGAGAUGGUUGGUGCUGGGUGGAGAGAUGGGCGCUGAAAGGCAGAUCCCCAGGUAGGGCUGGGUGGUAUCCUGGCAGGCGCUGAGCAGAGAUCUUGCAGGCAGUAUCCUUGUCGUCGAGGUCUGGCCUUUCCCGCGGUCGGAAGGUGAUGCUGUCAGCGCUGGGCAUGCUGGCGGCAGGGGGUGCGGGGCUGGCCAUGGCUCUGCAUUCUGCUGUGAAUGCCAGUGACUUGGAGCUGCACCCCCCCAGCUAUCCCUGGUCCCACCGUGGCCUCCUGUCUUCCUUGGACCACACCAGCAUCCGGAGGGGUUUCCAGGUAUACAAGCAGGUGUGCUCCUCUUGCCACAGCAUGGACUACGUGGCUUACCGCCACCUGGUGGGCGUGUGCUACACGGAGGAGGAAGCUAAGGCGCUGGCUGAGGAGGUGGAGGUUCAGGACGGCCCCAAUGAGGAUGGAGAGAUGUUCAUGCGUCCAGGGAAGCUGUCUGACUACUUUCCCAAACCGUACCCCAACCCUGAGGCUGCCCGAGCUGCUAACAAUGGAGCAUUGCCCCCUGACCUCAGCUACAUUGUUAGAGCUAGGCAUGGUGGUGAGGACUAUGUCUUCUCCCUACUUACGGGCUACUGUGAGCCACCUACCGGGGUGUCACUACGAGAAGGUCUCUAUUUUAACCCCUACUUCCCUGGACAGGCCAUUGGUAUGGCCCCUCCCAUCUACACUGAUGUCUUGGAGUUUGAUGAUGGUACCCCAGCUACCAUGUCCCAGGUAGCCAAAGAUGUGUGCACCUUCCUGCGCUGGGCAUCUGAGCCAGAACAUGACCAUCGCAAACGCAUGGGGCUCAAGAUGUUGAUGAUGAUGGGCUUGCUGCUGCCCCUGGUCUACGCCAUGAAGCGGCAUAAGUGGUCAGUACUGAAGAGUCGGAAGCUGGCAUAUCGACCACCCAAGUGACCCUGUCCAAUGUCUGCUUGUCAUCCUGCCUGAACAGGCCCUCAAGCAUCCUGGGCCAGUUCAGGCCUCAGCUGGCCACUCAGCUGAGGCCCUCUUCAUCUGAGACAAGAGGGGAAGGGGCAGGAGGCCGGGCUCUAAGUCCAGAUCCUCCUUCCCCACCAUGGGAAUAAAUUAAAGUUUCUCAACAUA